UGAACUACGGGAUUACUAAAGUGGAAGGACAGCCUCUUCACACAGAGCUGAGCAGGCCCAUGGACAAUUGCAACAAUCUCAGGAUGUCUCCGGUGAAAGGGAUGCAGGAGAAGGGGGAACUGGAUGAACUUGGUGAUAAGUGUGACAGCAAUGUCUCCAGCAGUAAGAAGAGGAGACACAGAACAACUUUCACCAGUUUGCAGCUGGAGGAACUGGAGAAAGUAUUCCAGAAAACUCACUACCCUGAUGUCUAUGUAAGAGAACAGCUAGCUCUGAGAACAGAGCUCACUGAGGCCAGAGUCCAGGUUUGGUUCCAGAAUCGAAGAGCAAAAUGGAGGAAAAGAGAACGCUACGGUCAGAUCCAGCAAGCUAAGAGCCAUUUUGCUGCCACCUAUGAUAUAUCUGUUCUUCCAAGGACUGACAGCUACCCUCAGAUUCAGAACAAUCUGUGGGCAGGCAAUGCGGCUAGCGGUUCUGUGGUUACCUCCUGCAUGCUACCACGAGAUACGUCCUCCUGUAUGACACCUUAUUCCCAUUCACCCCGGACAGAUUCUGGCUACACAGGCUUUUCAAACCACCAGAAUCAGUUCAGCCACGUGCCCCUCAAUAAUUUUUUCACUGACUCUUUACUUUCUGGGGCAACCAAUGGACAUGCUUUUGAAACAAAGCCGGAGUUUGAAAGGAGGUCCUCCAGCAUUGCAGUUCUACGGAUGAAAGCCAAAGAGCAUGCUGCCAAUAUUUCCUGGGCCAUGUAAUAUAGCAGUACCCUUUCUUCAUUUCCUUUUUUUUUUAAUAGCAAACUGAAAACAUUUUUAUUUCCCAUAUUUAAAGGACACUACAAUAAGCUGCUGUGUGUGGAAUGCUAGAAAUCACAAUAUACCUGAUGUCUGCUUAAACAAAUGCAAUAUAAUAUUUAACAAUAAAACAAGAAUAAACCAAAUAAAUUUACCAUGCAUCAAGCUCAAGAAGCCCUCUUUAUUUUGGUUUUUAUAUAGAAACGUGUUUUGUUGUACCAGUUGAUGAAAUAUGAUUAUAGAACCUGAAAAAAAGAAUAAAACUAUUAAGCAAAUA